CGCCGCCGCGCCGCCGGCUCGCUUCCUCCGGGUUCCCAGCCCCGGGUGCUAAGGCUCCGCUCUAUAAAUAGCAGGUUACAGCUCCCGCCCCGCGUGCACACGCUCACCCGCGAACGCCGGAAAGUCAGGCUAAAAGUGUCUGCUGCUGCCGCUGCCGCUGCCGCCCCCCACUCUGCCUCCGGGAGAGAACCUAAAGAAAUGGUGUUACCUGGCAAGAGAUCUGCUGUCCUUUAUAAAAAGUCAGACCAAGAGCUCUGAAGUCUGCAAGGCAGUAAUCAAAGACCUGAGCUGUUUGAGGAAGACAACAAAAAAGCAGAAUUUCAGAGUGGGAUAUCCAGACUUUCGUGUGAAGAUACGUCUGUAUUAAACGAGGAAUCAUUGGCAGUGACAUUUGGGCGUGAACAUUUGGAAGAUUUAAAGAACUGAGAAGAACUGAGAUCAUGGAAAUCAAAGAGGAAGAAGCAUCAGAAGAAGGCCAGCACUUUCUUCCCGCACCCCAGGCAAAUGAUCCUGGGGACUUUCAGUUCACAAGUAUUCAGAAGUCUCCAAAUGAACCACAGUUGGAAUUCAUCCUUGCAUGCAAGGAUCUCGUGGCUCCUGUCCGUGAUCGGAAGCUGAAUACACUGGUGCAGAUCUCAGUAAUCCACCCCGCGGAGCAGGGUCUGACAAGAUACUCCAGCACGGAGAUUGUGGAGGGAACAAGAGACCCACUGUUCUUAACUGGCGUCACAUUCCCAUCUGAGUAUCCCAUCUAUGAGGAGACCAAAAUAAAACUAACAGUCUAUGAUGUCAAGGAUAAAUCUCACGACACCGUUCGCACCAGUGUCCUAUCUGAACAUAAGGAUCCUCCGCCAGAGGUUGGGCGAAGUUUCCUGGGCUAUGCCAGUUUUAAAGUUGGGGAGCUACUGAAGUCGAAGGAGCAAGUGCUGGCUCUGAGCCUGAGAACUUCAGAUGGUGGCAAAGUUGUUGGCACCAUAGAAGUCAGUGUCGUGAAGAUGGGGGAGAUUGAGGAUGGGGAAGCCGACCACAUCACGACAGAUGUGCAGGGACAAAAGUGUGCCCUGGUAUGUGAAUGUCCAGCUCCAGAAAGUGUGAGCAGAAAAGAUAACUUACCUUUUUUGAAUGCAGUGUUAAAGAAUCCAGUGUGUAAAUUAUAUAGAUUUCCCACAUCUGACAAUAAGUGGAUGCGAAUCCGGGAGCAGAUGUCAGAGAGCAUACUUUCUUUUCAUAUUCCUAAGGAAUUGAUCUCUCUUCAAAUCAAAGAAGAUUUGUGUAGAAACCAGGAGCUAAAAGAACUUGGUGAACUAUCUCCACACUGGGACAAUCUACGAAAAAAUGUCCUUAUUCACUGUGAUCAAAUGGUGAAUAUGUACCAAGACAUUCUGACAGAACUUAGCAAGGAAACAGGGUCCUCUUUCAAAUCAAGCAGCAGCAAAGGAGAGAAAACAUUAGAAUUUGUUCCGGUAAAUCUACAUCUACAAAGAAUGCAUGUACACAGCCCUCACUUGAAAGAUGCCCUGUACGAUGUCAUCACCGUGGGAGCCCCAGCUGCCCAUUUUCAGGGAUUUAAGAAUGGCGGUCUUCGGAAACUUCUCCAUAGAUUCGAAACGGAAAGAAGAAAUACUGGAUACCAGUUUAUUUACUAUUCACCUGAAAACACAGCCAAAGCAAAAGAAGUUCUCAGCAACAUCAAUCAGCUACAACCUUUGAUAGCAACCCAUGCAGACCUACUGCUUAAUUCUGCAAGCCAGCAUUCUCCAGACAGCUUGAAGAACUCUUUAAAGAUGCUUUCAGAAAAAACAGAGCAUUUUGUACAUGCCUUCAAGGAUCAACUGGUCAGAAGCGCUCUUCUAGCGCUUUACACUGCCAGGCCGGGAGGGGUCCUUAAGAAGCCACCGUCUCCUAAGGACGGCACGGAGGAGCACAGUCCCCAGGACCCCCCGCCGCCGAUGAGAAGACAGGACUCCAUACCGCAUCAUUCAGACUAUGACGAGGAGGAGUGGGACAGGGUGUGGGCCAACGUGGGGAAGAGCCUGAACUGUAUCAUUGCCAUGGUGGAUAAACUGAUCGAAAGAGAUGCCGGUAGUGAAGGUAGCAGCGGCGGCGGCCAAGAUGGAGAAAAGGACCCUUCUUUAGUGGACUCCAUCAUAACUCAUCCAAAGGAGGACUGGUAUGAACAGUUGUAUCCCCUCAUCCUCACCCUGAAGGACUGCAUGGGAGAGGUGGUGAAUCGAGCCAAGCAGUCCCUGACGUUCGUGCUCCUUCAGGAGCUGGCGUAUAGCCUGCCCCAGUAUUUGGUGCUGACGCUGAGAAGAGACGUCGUCUUCAGCCAAGCACUUGCUGGAUUAGUCUGUGGUUUUAUCAUCAAAUUGCACACGAGUUUGCAUGACCCUGGCUUCCUAGAGCAGCUUCACACGGUGGGGUUGCUAGUACAGUACGAAGGCCUGCUAAGUACAUACAGUGAUGAAAUUGGAAUGCUAGAGGACAUGGCUGUUGGCAUUUCAGAUUUGAAGAAAGUCGCAUUUAAAAUAAUUGAAGCCAAAUCCAAUGAUGUCUUGCCGGCGAUCACAGGAAGGCGUGAACAUUACGUGGUAGAGGUAAAGCUUCCAGCGAGAAUGUUUGAGACUCUGCCACUACAGAUUAAAGAAGGACAGUUGCUUCAUGUGUACCCAGUACUUUUUAACGUUGGAAUCAACGAACAGCAAACUCUUGCUGAGAGGUUUGGAGACGUCUCUUUGCAAGAAAGUAUUAAUCAGGAAAAUUUUGAACUUCUAAAAGAGUAUUAUACAAUAUUUAUGGAAAAGAUGCCUCCUGAUUCUCUGAUCUUCCAGAUGGGUUUGAUGAUCUCAGAAACCUUUCAAGGCCCCUUUGGUACCCACCUGAAGCAUGAAGACACUUCAGUUUGGGACAUUUCACAUUUUCAAGAACAAAAUGAUUUAAAAGGAUUAUUAGAAAAUCUCCAUCAAAAUAUCCAAGCCAAAAAGAGGAAGAAUGUAGAAAUUAUGUGGCUGGCUGCAACGAUUUGUCGCAAACUAAAUGGCAUUCGUUUCACCUGUUGUAAAAGUGCCAAAGACAGGACGUCGAUGUCGGUGACGCUGGAACAGUGCUCCAUCUUGAGGGAUGAGCACCAGUUACACAAGGACUUCUUCAUCCGAGCACUGGACUGUAUGAGAAGAGAAGGAUGCCGCAUAGAAAAUGUCAUGAAGAAUAUCAAAUGCAGGAAGUAUGCUUUCAACAUGCUCCAGCUGAUGGCUUUCCCCAAGUACUACAGACCUCCAGAGGGGACUUAUGGAAAAGCCGACACCUAAGUUUACCAACACGUAAACUAACAGGAACACAAAUACGUUCCCGUUGGAUAAUCGCCACCUUUCCUUAUGUUUUCAUUGUCAUGCAUUUGUGGAGGGAGGUGAUCAAAGAUGUAUGCCCAAAUCUAGGAAUUGCCUGAAUUAGUCAUCUAUCAGCAUAUUACUCGGAAAGAAAUCCAUUAAACAAAUCUGAAAUACUACUGUGUAUUCUAGUUCUAAGCUUCCUCGGAUUGAUUCUCGCUGGUUGAGAUCAGCUCAGAAAGGGAGCAUGUUGUUUCAUGGAGUAUUUUAAUGAAAGGUGUUCAGAGAAGACCUAGGUUGCUACCAAGCAACUGGAGGUGCUUCAGAGAAUGGCCCUCUCGACUCCAAAGUGACGAUACGUGUGUGUCAAGAGGGGGAAGGCUUUGACAUAUAACUUCAUGGCCUUUCUCACACAAAACCUGAGAGCCCUUGGGUGGACUUUAAAAAAUAUUUUUCUAGUGACUUGAAAUUAGGGAGAGUUAACUCAUUAUCUUGACUACAGAAGCAAUUUGUGUGUGCUUGUAAAGACUUUUUUUUUUAAAUGGAGGUACUGGGGAUUGAACCCAGGACCUCGUGCAUGCUAAGCAUGUGCUCUACCACUGAGCUGUACCCUCCCCCUGCUUGUAAAGACUUCUGUUAUCCAGUCACGGUGUGACUAGUCCUCCUUACCAGGCAGAUGGACAGUGUUAUUAGUAAAGCUGUAAAAAUACUUUCUGGAAACAUGGUGUCUUUUCAAAACUCUGACUUGGGUUGGAUGGAUCCAUAAGCCUGAACUUUACGUGGUCAAGUUCAAGAAAGACCAUAAGGUAUCUUUGAGGUAUUUUCUAGCAGUCAUCUUGGUAUAGAAAUACAGAUGCUCUAAAUAUGCAUAGAUUAGCAUAUGUGAAUAAGCCUUUUAAAACAUAUGCAACCAUAACUAGUGAAAAACCAAAACAAUUAUUUCUCUUAACCUGAAUUUCAAAUUUGUCCUUCCUCUGUAAAAUAACGCCAGAAGUUUUCCAAAAAUCCAAAUUAGAAGUUACUUUUAGAGAUCAAGUAUAACACCAUUAUAAAUGCCUAAAUUAAAGCAUAAAGAAGAUCUACCCCCGAUCACCCAGCUAGAUGGUUUUAGAACUAUAAACGCAAUCUCUUCUUACCUUCUUAGCCUGUGGCUUCUGUCUUCUCUAAGUUGCCACACUAAAUAUACACAGAAAUUGGGGGAGAAUGCUAGUUAAAUAGAAACUGGUGUUUAUUGCUGGAAUUGAAGCUUAGAGUACCACGGUCUGAACAAAUGAAAUUUAUUUUCUCCAAAUUUUAAGAAUAUAUUCUUUUUCCUUCCUCAUCUGAGGAGCAUGCCAUCCAGAGCAUAAAUCCUCCAUGGAAAUGCCAAAAACCUGUUACACAGACAUCUUUUAAUUAUGACCACAUUCAAUGGGUGACCUUAGGGGCUUUCCGUCACUGAUGUGAUAGCUCUUUGGACAAGACGCCUGUUGAAAUUAGGAUUCCAAACAGAUCUCUAGGCUCACACUGGGUUUUUCAAAUUACUGUAAUUUUAGCUAACCCUUUGGGGCUUUUAAUACCAGAAUUGUCAAUCUAUUAUUUUAGUUAAGGACUUCUGGGGAUUGUACAUGAGGUAGUUAACGACUAAUUACAGCCUUUUUAACAAAAAGAUGCUGUGUGCUGUGGAUUUAUUCAUAGACAAAUUAUCUUGGUAUUCUCCUUUGUACCUCAUUCUCCAUUUUACUGAUUAAACAUAACCUUUGAAUUGUUCAAUUUCAUUUGGAAAUGGUAGGAUUUGUGGUUAUUUUCAUUAUCCCUCUGGAUUUAAGGUAAAGAGGUUAGGGUGACAGAGGUUUCCUUGAACAACUGUGAAACCCUAUUCGGUAUAUGAAAUGGUACUCUGAGCUCCAAGCUACCUUAGGUGAUUAUCAUCCUGUAAAUAUUCUUAUAAACAAUAGCUUUUGUUUGUAUUUCUAAAAAUGAAACCUCGAUUCAAAUAUGGGAAAAAUAUUUAUUAACUAGAAAGCCAACAGUAGGGUUUUCUGUUUGGGGAAGACAUUUCAAAAAAUUUUUUUUCUUUUUCAUUAAAUGCUAACAUAGAAGUUCUCAAAGAGUUGAGCUUACUGUAAGCCAAAUGCAUAUCAGUUCUUAUUUAUUAUUAGCGUAGUCAUCUGCAUUUCCCUAUAGGAAGCCUGUAUUUGUGCUACUUCUAAAAGUGGAUUUCAUUACGAACUUUGUUAUUUCAUAUUGACAACAGUAAUACUCCUUUCCUGAGAGAUUCUCCAAGUAUCCUUGGAAAACUUAAGUUUCUUUCUAAGUUGAAGAGAAAAAGUUACACAAAAAGUUUUCAAUCUCUUUUGUACAAACACAGCCUCAGUCAUGCUUUUCUAUUUCCAUUUUCAUUUGAAAGAUGCACCAGUCAUUCAAUUUUAAAAGAUCAUGUUGAGCCAGAAACUGAACUAAGAAAAUAAUAUUUCCAAACAAGAGAAUUUUUUCCUACUCAAAAACAUGUUUACCCUCUGAUAUCAUCAAAUAUAGAUAGCAAUUCUGUAUUAGUUAUUUAGAGUCCUACAGAAAACAUUUAAAAACAAGAUAAGGUGGUAUGCUGAUUAUGUUUGACCCAGCGACAAAAGACCCAGAGCCUGAAAAUAUUCUGCAAAACAGUUAAAAAUAAAAAUUUGAAGUAUUUUAUUGAAGCAGACCUACGCUUAGAUGCACCCAUUCAUUUAUUUCUUAUGCAGCUGUUUCUUUCUUAGAAAUAUCACCUUCAGUUUUGUCUGUACUCUGCCAAAACAAUUCUCUGAUGUCAAUAGUUUGGUCAAUCCAAUAAUCCAGUGAGGCAGAGUAACCAUCUGAUCAUGCUAACAAGUUGUACUAAAGUGACCAACUGCCCGGAUUGAGCAGGAUCCCUGUAACUAACCUCCAGUCCUUACUUUAUAAGACUAACACCUCCUCUUCUGGAGAAGUGUGAAGUCUUAAAUCUAAUGUCUGGAUGGAGGGAACUUCUCUUUUUCCCCUCAGCUAAGUAUGGUGUUUUGCACAGAAUAAGACAGUGGAAAAGAAAAGAUUUGUAUAGAGUAAUACUUUUCUUCCCUAGAGAACCAAGUCCCUCCCUAUAUAAAGUUCGAUAAAUGCUGAGAAAAGAGGCUAACAGUGGUGUGCUGGAACUGGCUUAUGCUGACUCAUGAUAGUUGAUCAUUAAAUUCUGUAAGCCAGUUGUUAAGCACAAUUACUAAAUAUUAAAUUAUAAAACCCAACUGAAUAAAUUUUAUUAAAAACAAAGGUAAUACUUAAAACUUACCAGUUCCUAAUUAUUUUACUGCCUUUUACUAUUCAUCUGUGCUCUUGAGGUUAUGUAUGUCAGCUGCAUUUGCACAAAUCAGCGUGUGCUAACGGUGCCUGACUCCACAUCCCACUGGUAGCUUGAAAUUCACCACAGUGGGCGUUACACCACAGAGGCUGCCAAGUGCUACCAACCCAUCCUUGUAACUCCUGGAGAAACAGUUGUUAAACACUUACCAGAACACAGCUGAAUGCCACCAUCACUUUUUCUCCAGAAGAUAACCAAUAAUUGGAAGCAGUAUUAAAUUAUUAAAAUGGCAUGAAAUGCAAUCACUCAUCUUCUGAUGGCUACCGUUUUGUUUUGGUUUUUACCUUCUUUAAAGACUCUUAUUAGGCUAUAAGCAAAAUUUGGUGUUUAUAUUUUAGUCAUCAUUAAAUCAUUUUAUCGUAAUGAUGCGUUAAAAAAAGACUCUCUCUGUAAUGUUCUGCAAGGGGAAUCUCAGCCAUGCAGCUUUAGUGUAAACCACAAAAACUUUAGGCUAAAUUCAGGGAGAUGUUAGCCUCAUUAGAGCAUCACUAAAAAUGCGUUUGUACUUCAGUAUCAAUUUUGAAGUUUAUGAUUUUCGCAUUUGCUAAAAGCAGGAAAAACAGUAACGUAUUACUGUGCCCAGAUUCUAAUAAAUAUAGCUCAGUUGAAAACCAAACUGUUAGAUUAAACAGAUUAAACUCUGGCAGUAUGCUAAAUCACAUAGAUGUUUUAGGUGUUUGUUUUCCAAACAAAAUGAUAUAUCAAUUGUUUAGUUCAAUAUACAAGGCACCUUUUGUAAUCUUUUGGGAAAUAAAUUAACUUUUAUCACGGAUUUAAGAAACUGGUCUGAGAAAAACUGUGGUCAGCAGUUGUUGCAGAGGGAAGCAAAUACAUUGAACACAAGGCGUCCCUAAUAGCUGGAGGCUUCACACUUUAAGAGCUACUGAAGAGGAUAAUAUGCUGAGAGUCCUGUCGUUGAUUGAUACUUUUAGGUGAAUUCACAGAAUUCACAUUCAUUGAACCUAGCUGCAGUCUGCAAGAGCUACGCUUUUUUCCCCUCCUAUAUUUAUGUUUCAUUACUUUAUAAAGGAAGUACCGAUCGAUUAUAGCUUUUGUUUCUUUGGACGAUUUAACUCAGAACUUUCUGUCCAAACAAAUGCUACCUAUAGCAAAAACUGCCUUUAAGAAACAGAAAAAAAUAUAAUAUUUUAGAUGAAAUAUUGCAGGCCAAUUAGGUGUAGAGUUAAGGUGUGGAAAUUUGGAUUUUCACCUUCUAAGUCGUAGUGCACCUUUAUCAUUCUAAUUUUAUUUCUAAGCAAGUAAGAGGAAGUCUAAAGCAUUUCUGAUAUCAAAGAAACAAAUCCUAUUUGGCUCUUAGUAACAAGGCGGUAGGAAAAAUUAUAAGAUGCAAUAUUAACCUAAAAAAAGGUGCAUGUAAUCAGCUCUCCUGAGCUUGAAUUUUCAUAGAUUACAUGAAUAUUUAGAGUUUUAAAUUUGCAAGGGAAAACAAGACUCACAGUUAAGUAUGGUGCUCAGAGAGACUGAGCAUUAAAGGAGAGAAGACCUAGUAGGAGUGAUGUUACCUGGUCAGCCGUAUCCUGCUUAUCUUCUAGUAGGUCUUUAAAAUGAUUCACUUUCGCACUCAUGGUAUGAUUACAUUUCACAAUCUUCCGAAAAUCACCAGAAUUACUCCAAGGUCAUAACAGGGCACAACCAAACAGUACAUCUUUAAUGAUGACUUAUUGUGUUUUUAUUAAACAGCAGGAAAUAUUGACUCAAAUAUUGGCAAGAUUGCUAUAUUAUUUGUAUUGUUCUCAUGAUGCUUUUAUAUCAGUAUCAAUAUUAAAAAAACAUUUCAUGUCUAAGAGUUUUCAAACUUCUAAAAGGCAGACUCCAUGUGUCUGUAACAGUAUAGACACCCCUCUUUCACUGCACACGUGCAAUGCUUGGUACACAUAUACUUCUCAUAUGAAUAUUUUGUCCUUUUAUUUAACCUAACAUCUAAUUUUCAGAUUCGUGUGGUACUUAUCUGAAACAUUGGCAUUUGUUUUCUUUUAAUGUUAGUUACAUAAUCUCGAUGAACCAAUAAUGUAGUCCUAGGAAAUGAGGCACAAAUAGGUUAGAUCAUUUUAUAUUGACAUUUGAAGAAAUGUCAUUUUGUUUUAUUGUUCUGUGUAAACCAUAUUCAUUGUACACUGUGUGUAUAUUUUGUUUAAAUAAAUGUGAUUUUUAUUUUUUA